AUGUGGGACUAUGGUGACGACAACCGGGGGCCUGAAAUGGCGGCCAUAGCCCUCGUCAUGACAUCCCUGAGCGUCAUUGCGGUUGCGCUGCGGUGCUAUACCAUGAUUGCGAUACUUAAACGCUUCUUGGUGGAGGACUGGCUAGCCGUUCUCACAUGUCUCCUUCAGUGCACCUUCUGCGCCUUUGUGAUCCUUGGUGUAUCCCACGGGCUUGGAGCUCACGUCGAACAUGUCCCAGAGGAUCAACGGCCCAAGGCCCUGAUCUUCAAGUGGGCAGGCCAGAUCGCUUAUAUCGUGGUGUCGACAAUGGUCAAGUUCGUCGUCGGCAUUUUCCUGCUCCGCCUGUGCGUCAACAAUGGAUGGCAGCGCAUUACCAUCUGGGUUCUGCUGGUUCUCGUUGGGCUCUUCAACGCCUUCUACGUCUUCGUGGCGGUAUUUCAGUGUCAGCCUGUACCGUUCUAUUGGUGGCGAUAUGCUGAAGACGCACCCAUCACUGGAACCUGCAACGGCAAGAAAAUGGCGACCAUACCGACGUACAUCGCCGUGCUCUUGGGCAUCGCAGGUGAUCUGAUCCUUGCCCUACUCCCAAUCACUCUCAUCAAGCAUGCGAAGCUGGACAAGAAGACCAAAAUCUCAGUGAUCUGCGUCCUUUCGCUUGGUUCACUGUAUGCCACACCCCCUUCUGGCUUUCUUGACUCCGUUCCACCCGUGGACGUGGUUCACUCAAUCUUCCUCGACUCCGUGUUGUCGGCUUCGGUGGCUACCAUUGCACGUAUUCCAUACGCUCAGCAGCUUCUCUCUAACCCAGAUUACCUGUACAAUUUCAGCGACUUGGCGAUAUGGAGUAUCGUCGAAUGCGGAAUCGCCAUCACAGCUUCGUCACUUGCAACACUGCGCCCGCUCUUCGUCAAAGUGAAGCUACUCGCAACAAAUCAUUUCACCAGCCGCUUCACAUCAUCCAUGAAUGGUGGCAGCGGAGGUCUGCCCAUGUUCACCAAUAAGACAAACAAGACAAACACCUUCGUAUCAUCGUCCCAAGUGCAGAAUCAGGACGAGAACCGGUAUACUACGGUGACAGAAACGACGACAGCGAAGAAGGGAGCCGGCAUACUGGGAAGCGCAUCCGACUCGAGGGACGGUAUCCAGGUCAGAAAGGAGUUCGAGAUGUCCGUCAUCACGCGGUCGUCCAAGGAUAGCAUCGAUCAGCUUGAGAACGAAGUUGACGAGGUGAUCAGCCCGGGCACUGCGAGGGCCAACAGCCACAGCAGGUCAAGCACGUCCACCAAGGCCAACUCCCGCGGGACAUUUGGCGCAGACGGCUUGCCUCCACACUCGCGCUUGACAGAAUCCGGUUAUGGCGAAUAUACACCGGGUAUCAACAGCAACCCAUCAAGCCUUCCCGGAAGCCCUCAGGUCCACUCCGCCAGUCGAUCACUCAGUCACUCACCCAUCGCACCCCUACCAAACUCGAACGCGAACAUGAGAUUCCCCUUCGAGAAGCCCGACCCUAUCCCGGAGGUGAAAAAGUCGAAGCGGAAAACGCGAGUGAGCGCCUUCCUGGCAGACAACUCGUCAGUGUCCAGCGUGGACACCGGGGACCGCAGUGACGACGAGCUCACCAGGCCGCAGUGGGCUGGCACGGAUCGCGAGGCGCCGCCGAGCCCGUUGACGAGCCACCCCCCCUUGUCUCCGAGGGAGAACUGGGUAUGA